AUGUCCGAUGAUAGUGAUAAUAGUUCGAUUAUCAAUGAAUGUGAAUUGUUCGUUGUCGAAUCGGAAAGUUUCGAGCGCACUUUCCAAGACGAUCACCCAGAAAAUUCUGCACCGAAAUCCCUAAUUUUCAAUGCAGGAUCACCAGUGAAUCGUGCUGAAUCAUUGGAGCAAUUAAGAGAGUAUGUGAUGAGUUUGGAGAAUACUGGUGAAGAGAAGAAAGAAGGAGCGACGAGAAUGAAGCAAGGAUGUUUCUUGGGCUUCUUGACGAAGGUUCAGGUGGAAAAGAAAGUUCGAAUUCCGGGUCAAUUUGCCACGUACUAUCUGAUCGAUGAGUUGUUUGAUUCACUGAAACCACCGAAAGACUCGAAUAUUUCACUGCAUCUGUUUGUUUGCUACCUGAAUACUUGUCAUCGAUAUCACCACUACCCAAUCGUCAAAAAACUGGAAUCCGACUCGUCUCGAAUCUUCUUCCAACUCGCUCAUUUUGAUUACACUAAACCUGCAAACGAGCCAAUUUUCACUUCGAUCAAACGCCUUCUGAAACAUUAUACUCAAUUUGUUUACGUCGAUUCGAUUACUGAAACUGGAGGACUCGGCGUCGAAGUGUUUCCGAAAUGA